GAAAUAUUGUGUACAUUAGGGUCGGGCUAAAACUGAGAGAAUGAGAUAUACUAUUUCAAUUUACGCAGUACCCACCUAUAUUCUUAAUAUUGUCAAAAGGUUUAGUUGAUAUUGAUAAGUAUUUGGUGAUAGUGAUGUUAGUAAUAGUUUUAAAAAAUAUUUUAAUAAAAAAAUUUUAAAGGACAAUAAUUUAAUUUAUUACAUGAUACCAUAAAUAUAUACCUACAUACUAAUAAAAAAUAAAAAUGAAAAGAACAAAUAAAAACAAUGAAGACUUUAAAGUAAAAUACAGAAAUGAUACGUACAAUAUAUUUUCGUUUUUAAACAAUCAUCCUGGAGGAGUAAACUAUGUAAGACCUUACGAAAAUAAGGAUAUUGACCAGAGGAUGAAAAACACAAAUCACUCAGAUGCUGCCUAUUAUUUAUUAAAAGAGUAUGUGCAAGGUGGACGAAAAAAUCUUAAGGAAAAUGACGAUUUAGAGACACUUGUAGAUUGGAACAAAGCCAUGUUGCCCCAGGUAGGAAAAUUAGGGGAACAUUAUAAAAAAUGGGUUUUAUCGCCUGUGGAUAGGCAUUUAAGGCUAUUCGAAAAUCCCAUUUUGGAAAACCUUACAAUAACACCCUGGUAUAUUGUUCCUUUAAUAUGGAUUCCAGUUACGUUCCUUUUCGUUCUAUAUGGUACCAAAAACUACUACUCUCAUACAAAAGGUUCGUCAAUUUUGGAACCAGCAGUAUGCGUGGCAUUAGGUUUAAUUUUAUGGACUUUAAUCGAGUAUUCUUUGCACAGAUGGGUUUUCCAUAUGGAACCAUCUGGAAGGAGUCAAAUUUUAAUUUACAUGCAUUUUGCAAUUCAUGGACUUCAUCACAAAGUUCCGUUUGACUCAAGAAGACUAGUAUUUCCGCCCUUUCCUGCCGCCAUUUUAACUUUCCUAAUUUAUAAACUUUUAUCUUUUAUUACCCCUGACCACUUUCUUCUUCUUCUUUUGGCUGGAGGAUUGCUUGGGUAUGUUGUGUACGACAUGAUACAUUUUUAUUUGCACUAUGGGUCCCCAAGUGAAAAUAGCUAUUUUUAUUUCAUGAAACGAUACCACAACCAACAUCACUUUGUGCAUUCAGAUAUUGGAUUUGGAAUCAGUAGCAUGCUUUGGGAUAAGGUUUUUGGAACCGUGAUAAGUUUGAAAAAACUUGCUUAUACUAUAAAAUGGUGAGAAACAUAAAAAAGUGUGAUUUAUUUAUGGUUUAUUUUUAUAGUAUUCAUAAGCAUUUCUUAAAAUAUAUAUUGUUUUUAUCACAUGGGUAGUUUAAUUUAUAAAAUAUUAAAAAAUAUAUAAAAACACAAAUAAUUUAAAAACAAUUUCAACACAAAAUUAAAAAGAAUCAAUGUUAGCAACUUCCAAAGAUCUGGCUAAAAAUAUUUGGCUAAUAUUGCAACAACCUUUACCACUAUAUCUAUCGAAUAUUUCCUUAUACGGACAUUCCGGCUGCAUCAACCAUUUUAAUUGCUGCAAAAAUAGGUUUGCAUAAAAAUUAACCUGUAUUGGAUUGUUGUACUGAAAAUGCGAAUCCCUUCUGACGUCGCAGUUUAAAAAACUCUUGGCAAGAACCAAAGCUGCAUCUGCCACCAAUGAGGGCAGAAUGCUUGGAUACUGAGGAAAUAGAGUUGAGAAUUCGAUUAUGAAAUUUGAUGCACAUUCUAUUUUCUAAAAUACAAAAAAAAUCAAAAUGUUUACAAUAGUAGUCAAGUUUUUAAUUGAAUGCUACUACUACUACUUUUUGACCUUUGAUCUUUGAUCUCUUCAUUUUAGCUAAUGUAAAUUAAUGAUUCCACGCGAACGAAGUCGCAGGUAAUUAUUAAGCCAUGACCUUUGACCUUUACAUGACCUUUCAUCCUAGCUAAUGUAAAGUACUAAUACUUACUUUGUCAUUUUCUAAAUUCUCCUUUUUUAGAUAAAAAUAAAGAAAAUCCAGCGGAUUGCUAAUAUUUAAAUCAAAAUCCAAUAACUUGAGCAUUGUUAGUUCCAUUUCUUUUAUCUGGUUGGUACUGAAUUUACCUUUGCAUAGUGAAAAAAGCUUGUGUACCUAAAACGUAUGUAUGUAGUAAAUCCAAACCUAAAAAUAAAAAAAUCUUACUGUAAUAACAUCGGAAUUAUUAUUAUAUUUAAAAGCAAUCCAUAGAGAUGUUAUGAUGACCAACUGAUAUUCCAUCUUUUUAAAAUGUAAUUUAAUUUUAUCAAAAAUCCUGAUGGCAGCCAAGUAAACUGAUUGGUUAAUUUCUAAGUGAUCCAGCAGCUUAAUAAGCCAAUCAACGACUACUAUCCUUAAAGAGCCAUCUUUAUUGCUUUCUAUUGUGCUCUUUGUUAGUAAAUAUUUCGUUUCUUGAGUAAACUCAUAGGUAAUUAUAUCAUCUAAAUAUUCUAAAGUAUAAAGGUCAUCGAUGUAUGAUUUGAUUUUAU